AUGACAGAAAAGAUGUCAUCCACAUAUAUAACACCAAGACCAAGCUCAACAGAGGAAGUGACAGAUAAUCUCCGGGAGGACUAUGUAAAGUAUCUGCCCCUAUACAAGGCUGUGGAUGGUGGUGAGUGGGAGAGUGCGGAAAGAUUCCUUGCUGUCCAUCCGGAUGCAGUGAGAGCCAAGAUCACAUCUUUAGGGCAGACUGCUCUGCAUGUUGCGACUUUGAACGGCAAUGUUGUAAUGGUUGAGAAGCUGGUACAGUUGAUGUCUAAAAAUGAUUUGCAAGUAACGGACAACCAUGGUAUCACAGCUCUUUCCAUUGCUGCCGUUGGUGGAAUCACAAGGAUUGCUGAGGCCAUGGUGAAUGGAAAUAGAGGUUUGGUAUGUAUACGGAAUUCGUAUGGUUAUAUCCCAGUUGUUGUGGCUGCUAUCAGAGGCAGAAAGGAUAUGGUGCGCUUCCUUUACUCAGUCACACCACUGGUUGAAUUUAAUCCUGAGAUAAGUAACAAUAAUGGAGUCACACUUCUUAUUGAAACAAUUUCUGCUGAGAUCUACGAUGUUGCUCUGAAUCUACUCCAGCGCUUUCCAAGGCUAGCUAUUACUAAAGAUAAAUUUGGUGAGACAGCACUCAGUACACUGGCUCGUAGGCCUUCAGCAUUUCCAAGUGGAAGUCAGCAUAGUAUUUGGGCACAAUGGAUCUAUUCAAUUUUCUGGUUGUUACGUCGAAUAGCAUGGAGUGCCCUUAAACCAUUAGGAAUUCAGCAAGUGUACCAAAAGAAGCUGGUACGUAUUCAAGUGAUUGAAAUACUAAAAGUUAUUUGUUCUGAAAUUGAAAAAUUGGAUGAAGCGCAUCUUCAAGAGGCAGGAGUGUACUUUGCAAUGCAUAGAGCUGCCAAAUUUGGGAUUGUUGAGAUUGUUGAUGGAAUCAUCGACUCCAUUCCCAAUACACUAUAUGCCUUAGAUGAAAAUGGUCAAAGCAUAAUUACAGUUGCAAUUGUACAUCGACAACAUAAAGUCUUCAACCUCAUAUAUGGGAUGGGUACAAAAGAGAGCUACAUCAUGCCAUUUGAUAAACAGCAAAACACUAUGUUACAUUUAGCUGCAAUGUUAUCACCUUACUCACAGCUUAGUAGAGUCUCUGGGGCAGCUUUGCAGAUGCAACGGGAGCUUCAAUGGUUUAAGGAGGUAGAGAAGUUUGUACCACCCAAGUACAAAGAAUUCCAAAAUUCAAAUGGCCAAACACCUCAAACAUUGUUUACAGAGGCACACAGGAACUUGGUCAAGGAUGGGGAGAAGUGGAUGAAGGACACAGCAACAUCAUGUAUGGUUGUGGCAACUCUGAUUGCAACAAUUAUGUUUACAGCAGCGUUCACUAUGCCAGGGGGAAAUAAUAGUGAUACAGGCAUUCCUAUUUUUCUACACACCAAAGCUUUCAUGAUUUUUAUUAUCUCGGAUGCAUUUUCGCUCUUUUCUUCUACCACCUCGGUGUUGAUGUUUCUAGGAAUCCUCACAUCACGAUAUGCAGAAGAAGAUUUCCUAGUAUCAUUGCCCAAGAGAUUGAUAAUCGGUCUUGCCACUCUAUUCUUCUCAGUAGCAACUAUGAUGAUAGCUUUUGGUGCAACACUUUUCAUUGUUCUUCAUCAUCGAGCUAAAUGGACAGCCAUUCCUGUAACUUUGCUUGGUAGUGUCCCAGUUGCCUUGUUUGUAUUAUUGCAGUUUCCCCUUCUUGUUGACAUGAUAGUCUCCACAUACGGAUCUGGCAUCUUCGGUCUAGGAAAGUGAUAGGUUAAGGCUGUGUAGGUACAUGUUUGAGAGAGA